CCCGGAAAAGUAACUCUUUGACGUGUAUGCAUGGUACCGUGUGCUUCCGGUAUAGCGUGUGUUCACAGUUAUCCAGCCUUUUCCUCUUGGGUUUCAAUAGAACAGUCACUUUGGACUCCCGGCUCCUUACCUGUUUCCCCCUAAACGGCGUAUCUAACUUUGUGGACAUGGCAUCAUCAGUUUCGGCACAGGCGAAUCCUGCUCCGGUUGCGGCGCUCCAGAGAGGAAUAGUCAAGAUGGUCUUGUCAGGAUGUGCAAUAAUCGUGAGGGGCCAGCCACGGGGAGGCCCGCCCCCGGAGCGUCAGAUCAACCUGAGCAACAUCCGUACCGGAGCGCUAGCUCGCCGCGCCCCCCAGAGCCAGCCCGACCAAAAGGACACCCCUGACGAGCCCUAUGCCUUCCAGGCCAGAGAGUUCCUGCGCAAGAUGCUGAUUGGGAAGGAGGUAUGCUUCACAGUGGAGGUCAAGACUGCUCUGGGCAGAGAAUACGGCAUGGUGUACCUGGGCAGAGACACCACCGGUGAGAACAUCGCUGAAUCUCUGGUGAACGAGGGCCUCGCCACCGUCCGCAGGGAAGGAAUCCGGGGCAACAAUCCAGAUCAGGCUAGACUGUGUGACCUGGAGGACCAGGCCAAGGCCUCCAAGAAGGGCAUGUGGACGGAGGGCGGCGGCACCAACACUGUACGCGACCUCAAGUACAUAAUCGAGAACCCCCGCAACUUCGUUGACUCCAUGCACCAGAAACCUGUCAAUGCCGUCAUUGAGCACGUGCGCGACGGUAGUGUGGUCCGUGCCCUGCUCCUGCCCGACUACUACCUGGUCACGGUCAUGCUCUCUGGGGUCAAGUGUCCGACGUUCAAGCGUGAGGCGGACGGCACGGAGUCGCCAGAGCCCUUCGCUGCCGAGGCCAAGUUCUUCACGGAGUCGCGUCUCCUCCAGAGGGAUGUGCAGAUCAUCCUGGAGAGCUGCCCCAACCAGGUCAUCCUGGGUACCGUCCUCCACCCGAAUGGGAACAUCACAGAGCUGCUGCUGAAGGAAGGGUUCGCCCGCUGUGUGGACUGGUCCAUGGCCGUCUACACCCAGGGGGCAGAGAAACUCCGGGCUGGAGAAAAAUCUGCUAAAGAACGUAAAGUGCGUAUCUGGAAGGACUACGUAGCCCCCACAGCCAACAUGGACCAGAAGGACAGGCAGUUUGUGGCCAAGAAAGGGAGUCGUCGGAAUAACACUGAGGCCCACCGCCUCAAGUCAGCAGCAUGUUAG